AUGGAACGCCUCGAUGACUUCUUGGUCGAAUUGGCUCUCCGGAAAUUACCUCUCAAGGACUUACUCGCCUGUUCGGCCACCUGCAAGCGAUUCAAUGGCAUCAUCACCUCUUCCUCAAAGAUCCAGCUGUUCCUCCAUAAUCACCUCUUCGGUCGUUCAUCUCCACCUACAACAGAUCGUCUGGAGGAUCCACCAAAAGCUAUAAAAGAUCGUUCGACCACCGAUCGACUUGCUAGACUGCUCAGAAUGGAAGAUAACCUCUUGAGACUCAGACCCCAUCUCCGGUCCUACGAGCUUCCGGCAAAUCAGUCGAUCUGUACGAUAGGUCAUGGUUAUAUCGUCACCUCUUGUCCUUCAGGUGCUGAGAUUGAACCUGAUAAAGAUGGUCUCUAUACCCUGGUGACCAUUUGGAUACCGGAUGAUCAAAGCAAAGAAGGGAAGUUGGAUUCCAGAGCGAUAAAAGUGGAUUUCAAGCCUAACACAGAAUCCAAGACCAGAGCGGUAGAUGUAAUGGACGAUGUGAUAGUCUGCGUUCAAGAGUUAGAUGCUGGUGGAGAUACAGUAUUUAGAGUCAGAGUAUUACACUUAUUCAACGAAGGGGAGAUUGCAAAACCAUGGGACUCAGAUGAGAUCACUAAAACCACUCAGGAUAUGGGAUUAGAUAAUGCUCCGAGAGUGAUGAUAGGUAGGGAAGGAUUAUUGGUAGUAAUCACUCCGUUCUCUAUCAAGUGGACAAGAUGGACGGAAGGGAGAGAUUGUACAUGGGGUCACAUCCAAGUUUCACCUUAUCUUGGAUUCUCAUCAUCUAUCAGGGUAUACGGCUCUGAUAUAUUGGGAGUCCUCGGUCAAUGUGUUCCUCCUCUGAGCGAUAACCCUUUCGCUCCUCCACCAGUACCCAAGGACCACCUUCUAAUCUAUCAUCUCAAUGACAAAGCUCGCGACGUUGUUACCAAGCCCGUAUCAAUCCUUCGUAUGCCAUAUGGCCGUAACGAAUUUUCAGAGCGUGUUCGCGCUGCCGUACCCCAUGAAAAGACUGAAGAAGUGGUAUUCCCGGGAAUGUUAACAACGUCAAAUAACGGUCGAAGUUCGAUACUGCAGGUAGGUAUGACGACUCUAGAUGCGUCGGAGGGAGGUGGGAUGCCUCAUCUAGAUGAUUAUCCCCCGUGGAUUACGAUUGAUAUCCCUCUAAAAGCCAUCAGGGAUUUAUCAGGUAUUGAUGAGGAAGGUGGACACAAGCCGAGACCUACAGGUAAUUUUGCAAGAUAUCCCGCAGAUCGACAAACAAAUAAUUACACCUCAUCGAGGCCAGUUGACGAACACUUCCAAAAGCAGCGUAGAAGGUGCGAGUGUUGUAUAGCCGCGAACGAGAAGGUCGAGCAGCUUGGAGAUAUUGAAGUGAUUCCCCCUCACAAUUGGGAAGCCAAAUCCUUAAUGAGCUUCGACAGGAUAUCUAGAAGCAUGCAUGAAUUUCCUCGGAUUUUCGGAACUCGAACUUUGAGUCAAUAUGUAAACUUUCAAGAUUUCCAACGUACAGAGGGGAAGGUACUGCUAGAGUUAACAUGCAGGAAUUACAAAGUCGAAACGGGGUAUGAAGUUGGGAAGCACAAGUCUUUGGGUGGUUUAGGUAAGCCUUUGAGAUUACCGGAAGGACCUAAAGAGAUAGGUCGACUACGUCCCGGUCAUUUUAGCACAUACAUCAAUCCCGAUACGCAGGUGGUUCCUUUCACCCAUUAUCGAGGUCAUUGGAAGACCCUUCCUGCCAGAGGACUCAUGGUGAAUAUAUUGUUUGAUGGUGAAAAGGUAAUUUAUGAGUACCAGGGUGGAUAUGUGACAGUUCUUGAUUUCACUUCACCAAGUUAA